AUGGCCGAGGCACUCAUCAACCUCCUUGUUGAACAAUUGGGUUCAGUUGUUUACCACCAUACAAGUGAAGGGGUGAAACUGGUUUUGAAGGCUAAGAAGGACGUUGACAAGUUCAGAAGCACCCUCAAACUUAUCCAGAAUGUGCUUCACGAUGCCGAGAAGAAGCAAGUGGAGGAUCCAGCUGUGAGAGACUGGUUGGAUCAGCUCAAAGACUUGUCGUACAAGAUGGAUGACGUACUCGACGCUUGGAACACUGAAAUUGGGAAACGAGAAGCUGAGAAACAAGAAACACAAGGUUCUGAUGUGGAGGUACGUUUCUCAUUUCGUUCCAAUUGCUUUUGUGUUGCCCGAUUGAAUGAGGUAACUCGUCGUUAUAAGAUUGGUAGUGCAAUAAAAGAUCUGAAUGAAGAGUUAACUCAGAUUUACAUUGACAAAAACAAGUAUAGCUUUCAACCCACCAUGCAUGCUGCUGCAGUUAAUGUUGAACAACCUAAUCCACAAUCUUUAACUUCAUCUUUUGUUGAUAUAUCGACCAUAUUUGGGCGACAAGAUGAAAAAGAGAGGCUGGUGAGUGAGUUGUUAAGGGAAGGGAGGCCCGGCCUUGUCAUCCCCAUCGUAGGGAUGGGAGGAUUGGGGAAAACAACUGUGGCCCAAUUUGUCUUUAACGAUGCACGAGUUCAAGCCCAUUUUGAUAUCAGAGCAUGGAUUUGUGUCUCAGACCCUUUUGAUGUCAUCAAGAUUGCAAAAGAAAUCCUUGAACUUGUCAGUAGAAAAUCUCAAAAUAAUUCUAAUGUCUUGCAAAAGCUAUUAGAAGACAUUCAGGAACAUAUCAAGGACAAGAAGAUUCUUCUUGUCCUAGAUGAUGUGUGGACGGAAGACCAAACAAAGUGGGAGAGUUUAAGGUUACCAGUACUCAUGGAAACUGGUUCUAAAGGCAGUAGAAUUCUGGUGACCACUCGAAAACAGGAGGUUGCUCAAAUGAUGAGAGCAACCAGUGACAUGAUCACUUUGGGGAAGUUGAGUCAUUUAGAUUCUUUGAAACUAUUCAGUAGUAUUGCAUUUCUGGAUAGGGAACAAGAUAAGUCCAACAAGGGGUUUGGAGAUAUUGCUGAGAAAAUUGUUAGAAAAGGUGAUGGUUUGCCUCUUGUUCUGAAGACUUUAGGUAGUCUCCUAUUGCAUAAGCUGACAAUUAGAGAAUGGGAAGAAGUUCUCAAUAGUGAGAUAUGGAACGUAAAAGUGGUUCAAGAAGAAGUUUUUCGACCAUUGUUACUCAGUUAUUAUGAUUUGGCUAUGGAGGUUAAGAGUUGCCUUCUGUAUUGUGCUACUUAUCCCAAAGAUUUUGAGUUCGGCAAAGAAAUUCUUAUCGAGCAGUGGAUGUCACAAGGUUAUCUGAAUGUUGGAGAAAACGAAGAAGAGGCAACAAAAGGUAGAGAAGUUUUUACUAAGUUAGCAAUGCGAUGUUUCUUUCAAGAUUUCAGGCAAGAUGCACUUACCAAGGAAAUCAUAGGCUGCAAAUUGCAUGAUACUGUGCAUGAUGUUGUACAAUAUCUUAACCAAAAUGAGUGUCAUACUGUGGAGGCUACGGGUACCCAUGGAAUAGAGACAUCGAGUGCAAAUCAUAGGGUUUGCCAUUUGACCUUAAUGUCAGCACCCGAGGGUCCAAUUCCAUCUAUGAUAUCAAAAUUAGCGAAUAGCAAAAUUUUGCGUACCCUAGCAACUUUUGAUUCAAGAAUUACUGCCAUUGACUCGGAUUUGAUUUCACAGUUGAAACGUUUGAGGACUUUGAAUUUGAGUCGCAACAACAUUCAUCAUUUGCCAGAGGAGAUUGGAGAUUUGAUCUAUUUGAGAUAUCUUGAUUUGUCUAGGAAUGGUAAUUUGAGGAGAUUACCGGACAACGUUUGUAACUUGUACAAUCUGCAAACCUUGAGGCUUGCUUACUGCUUUAGCCUUGAAAAGUUACCCGACAACAUGGGGAAGUUGAUUAACUUGAAGCACCUUCAUGUUCAGGCUUGUGGUCGGCUUCAGUGCUUACCAAAAGGGAUUGGAAGUAUAAGGAAUUUGCGAACAGUAGACGGGAGGCCAUCUGUUUAUUGUAGUGAAGAUGCCGAAGCAUUCAAAUUUGGAGAUCUGAGAAUGAUGAAUCAGCUUCGCCGUCUUGACAUCCGUAUCUCAAGGGUUGGAGAAAAAUGCUGCAAGUGA